UACUGGGUCAGUGUGACAGGCUGGGAGGAACCCCCAGCCCAGAUGAGAAGACCUGGGUUUCGGUCUUGGCUCUACCCUUCCUGGCCUGUGAUUUUAAGCAUGUUAUUUUGUCUCUCUCAGCUUCAACUGUGGAGAGUUCAAUUAGGUGAUCACUUUAACUUUUCUAGCUCAAAUACUCUGUGCCAGCUCUGGAACCAUGCUUUUUGGUGUUUGUGUGUAUAUAUGAGUCACCUGUAUGUAUUUAGGUCUUUGAGAACCUACUGGACUCAAAACAAAAAACAAAACAGACCUUGGAGUCUCAGUGGAUCACUGUAUUGUUGUUUCCCAACCCUCUAGGGCAGGAGGAGACCCUAUAAGGUUCAACAUCUCUGAGGCAGCCACCCAGCCUCUUCUCUCUCCCAGACUGUCUGUAACUGGUGAAGGGUGAUGUGUUUCCUGGCUGAGAACUGUGUUCAUAGGGAGUCCCUGCCCUCCAGGGAACUUUUUAAGGGCAGGAGCCAUCUUUGUAAGCCCAGCACUUGCCUGGACACCUGACGCCAGUAGUAUGUUCUCAGUAAUCAUGGCUGUUCACUAGCUGCAUGACUGAACAUUAUUUAUGUGUGAUAAUGUCAUUAAAUUAUGAGAAAAUAACUACUUAACAAUUGGAUCAAAUGAAGUCUAGUUUGUUACUUUUAUUAUAUUGUCUUCCCUCUUUUUCUUCCUGUCAAUCUGCCUGUUUAAAAAAAAAAAAAAACCAAAGCUGAGAUUCUUUACCAAAAAUAGGAAGGCUUGCAUAGAAAUUGCUAAUUCCGUAGUAUUAAUUGUAGUUGUUCAGGUGCAUUGUACUAGUGUAGGCAGUAACCAAAUAUAAUCAACUCUCAUUGAUAUGUAAAAAACAUCUUGUUGGUUAUAAUAACAAGUAUCUAAAAGUGCUGUCAUCUUGAACUGAUGCCAACAGAUAAUGAAUCUCAAAUUCCUUAUGAAUCUUAGGUUGAAUUUGUAAUGUGAACCCAGUUACUGAGAUAAUUAGCUGUACUUUGAUGUCUCUCAAUCAGUACAUUUUCUUCAACUCUCAUCUAGGCUCAAGUAAUUAUCUUUUCAUGUAUCUAUAAUGAUUAGUUAUUAUAAUACUGGAAUCACACUACAGCACCAUUUGCUAGGGAGUAGAAUCCUGAAUAAGGAAGAUUAGUCUUGAACCUCAUCCAAGGGAUUUUUCUUUGGCUUCUCUUAUAAACCAAUAACUUCGUUGGGAUUCCCUAAGGCAACAUUCUAAAAAGGCUCCAUCCACUAACAAAUAUUCAUUGUGCGUCUACCAUGUUCAAGGAGCUGCAUAGGUUAUAUAAAGAUAUUAGAUAUGAACCCUUCCCAGCAAAAUUAUUCUUGUCACUAAUGCACACAUAGGUUUGUUGCAGCUCUUAUAAGAUUGCAUUGUAGUUAUUUUUUUUUUUUUUUGCAUUGUAGUUAUUUAUCUCUUUCUCCCAUAAGCUGUUAGCUUUAGGGGGCAGGGACCAUGUCUUCCCUCAAAUCUUAUUUCAUCUGUUUGGAAAAGUAGAGGACCAGAGGGAGCAAACCGAUGCAAGUAAUUACACACUACGGUGAUAAUGAGAACAGCUAAUAAUCAUAGUUAACACUAAUGUUGAGUACCUACCAUUGCCUAGACCUUGUUUGAUGCACUUUACACUUAACAAAUUUUCACAACUGUCCUAUUUGGUAGAUACCAUUCUUACAUUGUUCAAAAGCAGAUUGAGCAACUUGCCUGAAUCUCAGAUCCCAUCAGUGAUGAAGUCAAGGUUCAAACCUCAUCUUACUUAAAUCCCAAGCAGGUUCUUUCCACUGCUCUGUUGCUGUGUGUUUGUACUGAUCUCUUUGGACCCCUUUAGAUCAAAAACUACUCCAUAGAAUAUGCCUAAUUAAUUAAGCCAGGGUCUUUAACUCCUAACCUGUACUCUGUCAUGGGUGCAUUACAUCACAAACGCUGUUCCUGCCCAAACAGUAGUGCUAGUUACUAUGGAAACAGAACUCAGAUCGAAUUGCAUAAGAAAAUGAGGCACUCAGAAUUAUAGAACCAGAAUUUAACAGACUUAAAAAAUGAUUUGGUCUGAUCCUCUAAUUGAUUAGAUGUAGCAACAGAGGAUAAGAGAAGUCCAGUGACUGUCUCUAGGACACCCAGGAAGUUACUGUCAGCCAGGGUGUAAAUCUAAGCCCUAAACUUCAUCCAGUAUUCCUUCUACCAUGUUGUGUUUCUGCCAUUUUAAAAACAAGCCUAUGAGGAAUUGUGUACAUCGUGGGAGGAUUUUUAACUGCUUCAAUUUUGAAAUGCACGUUCCUAUACCAUAGGUUAUAACUGAAGGAGAGAGAUAGUUUUUUUUUUCUUCAGUAUAAUCCCAUUCUAUCUAGAAGCCUGGAGAACUUGUCAGACAAAGUUUAUAUGGCCUUUGCAAGUUUUUUUUUUCUUUUUUAAGUCACCACUUCUCUUAGGUGUGUGAAUAAUGCUGCAUGAGUAAUGGUGAAGCUUGUAGGCUUUGUGAUAUGGCUACUGAUAAUUUUCAGUAGGGAUAGGAAAUGAAUGCCAAUACAAAUUUCUCCUCUACUUUAGCAUUCCUGGGGAAGGGCCUCAAGGAUGCCAUAUCCAUUUCCACAUGUCAAAAGGAGAAAAGACCACUGUGAUAAUUGUUCCUGACUCUGCUUUGUCUUCUUGGCACUGUUCCAGAAAGACCUACCUCUAAAUCCGUUCCCAUGUAACAUUCCUUGCCAGGAGCUUUUAGAAUGACAAAGUGGCUAUGAAUUUCCAUGGAGGACUUGACAUCUGCACUCAACAGAUAAAGGAAAGAGAAGGUCCUAUAUCAAAGAUGCAUUUGCCUCAUUCAGUGGUCUUACAAAAGCAUACAGAGCAAGCCCCUAUCCCCUUCCUCUGUGGAAAGCAAAGAACUUCCUGGCAGUGGAGAGUGAAAGACUGAUUUCAUCAUUUGGAGUUGCAGACCAUGGGACUACAGAAAAAGGAAUGGACAUGGGAUGAGAGCAAGAUGCUGGUGAUGCAGGACCCCAUCUACAGGAUCUUCUAUGUCUCUCAUGAUUCCCAAGACUUGAAGAUCUUCAGCUAUAUUGCUCGAGAUGGUGCCAGCAAUGUCUUCAGGUGUAACGUCUUUAAAUCCAAGAAGAAGAGCCAAGCUAUGAGAAUUGUUCGGACAGUGGGACAGGCUUUUGAGGUCUGCCACAAGCUGAGCCUGCAGCACACGCAGCAGAAUGCAGAUGGCCAGGAAGAUGGAGAGAGUGAGAAGAACAGCAACAGCUCAGGGGACCCAGGCCGGCAGCUCACAGGAGCCGAGAGGGCCUCCACAGCCACUGCAGAGGAGACUGACAUUGACGCGGUGGAGGUCCCACUCCCAGGGAAUGACGUCCUGGAAUUCAGCCGAGGUGUUACUGAUCUAGAUGCCGUAGGGAAGGAAGAAGCCUCCCACACAGGCUCCAAGGUUUCACACCCCCAGGAGCCCAUGCUGACAGCCUCACCCAGGAUGUUGCUCCCUUCUUCUUCCUCGAAGCCUCCAGGCCUGGGCACAGGGACACCACUGUCCACCCACCACCAGAUGCAGCUCCUCCAGCAGCUCCUCCAGCAGCAGCAGCAGCAGACGCAAGUGGCUGUGGCCCAGCCUGGCCCUGCCCUCACUUCUGAUGGAGGAGCUGGAGUCCAGGUACACUUGCUGAAGGACCAGUUGGCUGCUGAGGCUGCUGCACGGCUGGAGGCCCAGGCUCGCGUGCACCAGCUCCUGCUACAGAACAAGGACAUGCUCCAGCACAUCUCCCUGCUGGUCAAGCAGGUGCAGGAGCUGGAGCUGAAGCUGUCAGGACAGAAUGCCAUGGGAUCCCAGGACAGCUUGCUGGAGAUCACCUUCCGCUCUGGAGCCCUGCCUGUGCUUUGUGACCCCACAACCCCUAAGCCGGAGGACCUGCACUCACCGCCGCUGGGCGCGGGCUUGGCUGACUUUGCCCACCCUGCGGGCAGCCCCUUAGUUGACCAUGGCAUGUUUGAGAAUCUGAACACAGCCCUCACUCCAAAGCUCCAGGCCAGCCGCUCCUUCCCCCACUUGUCCAAGCCCGUGGCCCCCAGCUCUGCCCCUCUGGGCUCUGCUGAGCCUGGGGGGGCGGGACUCUGGGUGGGCAGCAGCCAGCACCUCAAGAACCUGGGCAAAGCCAUGGGGGCCAAAGUGAAUGACUUCCUGCGGAGAAAGGAGCCCUCCAGCCUGGGCAGUGUGGGUGUGACGGAGAUCAACAAGACCGCAGGAGCACAGCUGGCCAGUGGGGCUGAUGCGGCUCCAGGUGCCUGGCUGGAGGAGGAAAGGUCAGUCCUGCAAGAAGCAUUUCCUCGACUGGAUCCUCCACCUCCCAUAACCAGAAAGCGAACCCCUCGGGCUCUGAAGACCACCCAGGACAUGCUGAUUUCAUCACAGCCUGUCCUCAGCAGUCUGGAGUAUGGGACAGAGUCAUCACCUGGGCAGGCCCAGGACUCCACUCCCACUGCCCUGCCUGACGUCCCAGCAGAUGCUUCACAGUCAGAGGCCACCAUGGAAAGAGAAGAGAGAGGCGAAGUUCUGCCCAAUGGAGAGGUGUCCCUGUCAGUACCAGAUCUCAUCCACAAGGAUAGCCAGGAUGAAUCCAAGCUAAAGAUGACUGAGUGCAGAAGGGCCUCUUCCCCCAGCCUCAUCGAGAGGAAUGGCCUCAAACUCAGCUUGAGCCCCAUCAGCCUGGCUGAGUCCUGGGAGGAGGGCAGCCCCGCUCCUCAGGCACGGACCUUCAGCCUCGACAAUGAAGGCCCUCACCCAGACCUGCUGUCCUUCGAAUAGAGCCUCUACUCUUUCCUGCCAAGCACCGCCCUUGUCUUCCCGUUGUUUUCUCCACUGUGCACACUGGCCCUAGCCCCAGCUCCGCUGUGCCCUUCGUCUUCCUUGUAUGAGGCACCGGCAGAGAGCCAGUCCUCCACCAUGGGAUUUUGCAGGGCUGGAAGUCCUUGAGUAGUACUAGUUAAAAAGUCUAUCUGCAGAAUGGCUAAAGGACUCGAUGUCAUCUUGAGCCUAGUUUUCUGCAACCUCCUCUGGAUGGGCUGCGGCCAUUGGACAUGGAGCUUCUCCACUCUUUCUCCUGGCUUCUCAGUGAAUUUCAGGGCCACCAGCCCAGUACGAUGGAUCUUGCAGGAAUUCUCUUUGCCUGUCCCCUACAUGCACCUCCUCCCCUGCUGUUCUCCUUCCCACACCCCAGUCCCUUCUCUCUCCUCCUUGGCGGGUCCAAGGCCCCUGGCCUCAGUGGGAGCAAGGCUGGGUGAGGAAUGAUGGGUCUGGCUUGAUGAUGGGCCCUGGCCUAGAAAGCCACACACCCAGACCACAGCCUAGACAUGGCUCCUCUUGGUCUCAAGAGAGUGCAGGCCCCUGGUUGCCAUGUUUGCUCUGCCCCUGGGAUGGAGGCCAGAUGAGAUGCUUACCAGGCCUGAGAACUUGAGAGUUCACCCAAGGCUUGAACCCUGCCACCAAGGGUUCCCAAGAUUUUCCCCCAUCUGGUCAGAUGUUGAAUACAAAAUGUAGGCAUUCUUCAUGGAAGGAAAGAUCAGGCUUCCCUUGCUGUGUGUGUGAAGACAGGGAGAGCCAGGCCUCAGCAGAUGCAGCCGAGCACACUCUGAUUUUGUUUUGUGGGGUGGUUUUGGCAUUCAGGGCUGGUGCUAAAAACCCAGAGCAGAAGCAGGGAGAAGGGAGUGGAGACGGGACAGAGAAGAGCCAUCACCAGGGAUCAGAACAGCUUUUCAGGGGCUACCUUGAAACCUCAAAUGAUGCCGUUUCAGGGCCUGGGCCUGCUGUGAGAGCCAGAGUGAAGCACAUGCGAAAUUGGCAUGUGAGAACUCAGGGGGUCGGGGGGGACCACUUUCAAUUAAGUGGAAGUGCUUUGUGCUUGUGCUGAAGUUGCCUGGGCCUCCUGCAGCCCUGGACCUCACAGGAGCGGCCCCAGCCUGCCCUUCCCUGCCUGCCCUUCCCUGCCUGCCCUUCCCUGCCUUUCUUUUAUGCUGAUGCUAGUGGGCUUUUUCCUGCUUUCAGGAUCCAUGUAAGGGACUGACCAGGUUCAUCCAACCUUAACUGGUUCCUGCCCUCCUGGAUUAAUCCACUUUUGUGUUCCUGUCUCCCACCAGGGGUCCUAUUGUGCUGUCUUCCCAUGGCCAGCAGACCCUGUAAGGGGGUGAUCCCAAUCCCAGCGGUCUUUGCAUCCCUUUUCUUGAACAAGGUGGCUGGUUCCCUGGGAGAAGGCUGGGAAUGGCAUAUCCAGCCAGGGCAGGCGGUAUGGCAUCCUCCUCCUGGGAUUCCUGUGGCCUCUCCUGUUCCAUACAUUGUUUGGCUUCCCACCCAUAAGCUCUGGGACACCCAGGGCUUGCUUCCAAGCUGUUCUCACCUCCAAGCUUCCACUCCCCUUCCCACCACCACUGCCAUAUAAAAUGCCCACACUAACUCCUACAGAACUAGGAGCCUCAGCAGGAUUGCUAGGAUGUGGGUGUCUUCCUGCAUUCUUGCUUCUGCAUCUGUGUGGCCUUGCCACAGACCCCACCACUUGCCUUCCAUUGCCUUCCUUCUCCCAGAAAGCCAGAUUUCACCACGUGCUCACCACAAGCUGUCUCUGCUCCCUCAUGAGGGUCCCUGCAGCGGGGCACCUGCAGGCCCUGGUGGAGUAAGCAGGGCUUAUGUAUACAUUCUUUCUCCAAGGAUGCAAUAUCUGACCCUGAAGUCAGAGAAGGUCUCAGGACUAGCAUUCGGGAUCCUGUGAUUUUCCCAGAAUGGUUUGGGGGUAUCACAUGAAACACCAGAGCUGAGGAUGGGGAUGGAGUCCCUAAACACAUCCUGGAAGCAAGCCACUUCAUCUGAGCUUCCCAUACCAGGAGCAUGGUUUGUGCUUUGAUGGGAAACUUAGCAAGCCCCUGCUCUCUGGGGCUUCUCUUCUAGAGCCCAGGGUGGCUCUGGCCCAGUGAUAUGGCAGCCAUGGGUUCAGGGAUUGCAGGUGCAGCCUUUCUUAAGCACCCUGCCUCCACUUUAAAGCCCAGCUGCUGCUGAAGUCCAGACUCUUAGACCCAGGAUGAACAAAAGGAUCCCACCAGGAUGUCCAGGACUAUUGCCAGGGUGACCCCAGGGUUCUUCAGACUUGUGUCUGAUACUGAAUACGGUUCCACGGGACCCUGCUCCAAUCUAACUGCCUACAACCCCCCCAUCCCCCUGCUGCAGAAGUGAUGCUGCCACCUUGAGAGGCUCUCUGAGACUGGGUUUCUGGUCUUAGAUGCUGAAGAUGGUACCUGAUGCUAGGGGCUAGGGGCUCCCCAAAGCUCAGCAGGAUGAGUAGCUACUACUCAUUCCGCAGAGGGCUUGGCUCAGACCAGGUCUUCCAUCCAAAGCCUCACCUGGUUUCCACAUCCAUCUCAACAGUCUGGCCUUCCUGUGACUGAAGCCUGGCAGCCAUGCCCCCACUAAUCCCAGACAGUGAGUCCAGCUUCUCUGGGAGCUUGGCCUUCCAUUGGCCCAGUCCAUGAGAGGGCAGAGUAAUGAGGAGGAGUAAAGGAUCUGUCUUCUGUGUUCACAUAAGGAAGUCAGGACCACAGGAUCUUUUAUCUCCUUGUUACUCCUCAGCCCCACCAUAACCUCCUGCUCAGCACACAGCUUUAUCCUGGUAGAUUAUAAGGUGAGCUUCCAGAACCUGGCAGGAGGCUGGUAUAUCCCCCUGCACAGAGGGAAGUGUAUCUGAAUGCUGUGUAUGUGGCUGAUAUGGAAGACACAUGUAUGCAUUCCAUCAGCUUUUAAAGAAGAUUGGCUCCAGUUUGGAGGAGGAAGAUUACAGAUCUAUUCUGAGUAUUUUUUAGAGAGUUAAUAUUUAUAUUUUUAGAAUUAUCUGGUAGAAGGAAAUUGCACAAUAAAAUGACUUGGUUUGG